UGAUCCUGCCAAGAUGAAUCGAGGGAUUUUAGUUUCUAGAGGAGUUCCCAAAGACGAAGAACUCAUUGAAAGUGCUAUGGGUAUAUGCGAAAAUGAGACUUCGCACUUGGUCAUCAACAUUCUGAAACCCCUUGCAGAAGGAUACUUACAAAUUUAUCAAAAGCAAGAUCGUGAUUUCUUUGGCCUUAGAGAUUUCUACAGUUUGAUUAAGAUGGUAAACCAGUUUGCUAAAAAUUCGGGAAAAGAGCCGACUUGGGCAGAAAUAGAACAUGCAGUCAGACGCAACUUUGGAGGAUUACAAACUAAUGAUCACAUAAAAACUUUUAAGAAGAAACUUGAAAGUUAUGUGAGAAACGAAAAGUGCGAACGAGAUCCAGAUUGUUCACCGUCAGGCCUUAUCAAAGCAAGCUUACGUGCCCAGGGACAAACAAAAUCAGGAGGGGAAAAGAAAGUAGGCCAUGGAACAUCAAAUGGAGAUAGCAGGUAUUUGCUUGUGUUGACUGAAAAGUUUGCAGCUCUUUCAAUUCUGAUGAACAUGAUGGGAGAUGCCAUCUAUAUCUAUGGAAGCAGUUUUCCAUUUGAUCAAGAGUAUACUCAAGUAUGUCGCAAUAUCAACCGCAUUAAGCUUUGUAUGGAAGCUGGUAAGACAGUUGUGCUGUUGAACCUUGAGAACCUCUAUGAAAGUCUGUAUGACGCCCUCAAUCAGUACUAUGUCUAUUUUGGGGGACAACGAUAUGUUGAUCUUGGACUUGGUUCCCAUCGUGUCAAAUGUCGUGUUCAUGAAUCAUUUAGGUUGGUUGUUGUUGCUGACAAGGAGGUUGUACAUGAGCAAUUUCCAAUCCCACUUAUCAAUCGCCUUGAGAAACACUUUUUGGCUAUGAAAACGAUGUUGAGUGAGAAACAGCUGAGGGUUGUCGAGAGGCUUAAGCUUUGGGUGUCACGGUUUACAACUAUUAAACAACCACGUCAUCUUAAGUUAACAAUUUUUAAGGAAACAGAUGCAUUCGUUGGAUACCAUGGUGAUACAAUCGCUGCACUUGUCUACCAAACAUUAUGUGAGGAUGAAGAUGAGGUGUUUGAGAAAGUUAAGUAUCAGUUGUUGACAUGUGCUACCCCAGAAUCUGUCACCAGAUUGAUCAAGACAGAUAUGCCUGAGGAUGAAAGAGAAGCAGUAAUGAAUACUUACUUCAAGGUACAGAAGCAUGGAUGUCUUGCAGACUAUCUAGCUGACGAAAUUCAGAAAAAUCACUCUGUUGAGGCUACAGGAAUUCUUGCCCAGGUAACAACAUAUUCACGUCUACUAACAGAAGAAGAUUUGGAGGCGCUUGCAGAAUCUACUAAGGUAGAUAAUUCGCACAUUACAAUGGUCUCUCUACAGGAGUUUCAACAUGAGCAACAGUUCUCCCUUAAAAUACAGAAAUUCUUUGAUGACAAUUUUGCACAUGAGCGAUUACUACUUGUGCAGUGUGAUGCUAGCAGUGACAAUUCAAACUUGAUAUCAUGUGCCUCUUACCAAGUACAGACUGAGAGGGCUGACAGAGAGAAUGCAGUUUCCAAACAAGGAAAUAGAAGAGAUUUGAGGUACAGGUGUCAAAUGGAAGGCAGAGCUCAUGUUGUCUUCAUUAUUCAGCUUCCUCGUGUUAACAGAUGUUUUGAUGGAUUUCAAGGAGGACUUUGGUCAUCUACACACAUUGAUGAUCUUCAACCUCCUAAAGAGGACCGACCAGAUGUUUAUGAGCUAAUGGAUCGAAAGAUGAGUGAUUUGUUUACAAUUUCCAAGAAAGAGAACCAACCAGGUUUCUUGCCUUCCGAUCUAAAGGUCCAAAUGUUAAGGGAGCAUAGCGAUGAGGAAGUGGAGAGUGACGAUGUAAUUCAUGAAGAUACCACUCUAGUUGAUUUCACAGCAGUUCUCUUGGACAGUGUUCAUCCAGCAACUGCAAGGAUUAUUGACCCAACCAAUCAGAGACAUCGCUCAACUGAAAGGGUUCGUCUCCUAGUGGAUCUUUUGAAGAAAGACUCUUCUCAACUGGAAUUUCGACAUUAUUUAAAGCAACACAUACUCAAGCUUGUAAAAGAGAAGGAAAACAGAUCAUACGAGGCUUCUCAUUGGCUAACACGCGAGGCACUUGACAUUAAAGAAGUUCAAGAAAGUGGCACAUUUAGACAAGCAUGUUGGCAACGCCUAACAGCAACUGUAGCACCAUUACUGGCUGAAGUCAUUGCCGUUUGCGACAUCAGCAACAAUCUUAGUCUCCUUGAAAGCCAGGAAGCUGACAAGGCAUGGUUGCACCAACUUUGGCUGGACAUCUUUUCAUCAGAAGAUCUCAUUACCAUCAGCAGUGAUUUGUCCCCUGUGCAAAGAGUUCCACGGUCUCAGGUUCCAGUUCUAGGGAAAGGAUAUGGUGGAAAAUCUUUUGAAGCUAGCUUUCCAUUUUCCUGGAUAAUCAAGGCAAAGUUGGAUGAUAUUCAGAAAUUUUCCUCUGAAUCCCAAGUUGGAGCAGUGACAUCAUAUAUUCAGCAGUUUUUGAGGAAUGUGAAGUCAGAGAUGAGCCAAAUUCUCAAUGCUGCCAUCAUAACAGGUGGAGCUCGGGAAGUUGUUUAUUGCUACUGCUCAGAUUUUAUCAAUAUGAGCUGCAAGAUUUCAGAAAAUAAGGAACACAAGUUAAUCUGUGACAACCUAAUAAAUGCAUCUUAUUCAAUUGUACAAGAGUUGGAAGGAGAAGCUGACAGUGUCGACUAUGUUUCUGCUGUGCAUUUGGCAUUCAACAAGCUCCAAAAGAGGUUUGAGCACUUUUCACAACUUAUUGAUUUCUACCCAGAUGUCUUGGAUAGCGAACUAGAUGAAGAGGGAUUAGAUACUGAAGAAAUGACUUUUGAUGUCUCAAGUCUCAAAUAUGUGUUGAGAGGAAUCAGUUGCAAAGAUGUCAAAUCACAAGAUGAACAAAGAAACUGGCUGAAUAACAUCCAUAAACUGUGUCCAGUUGUAAACCGUAUGAUUGGUUUGUCCAGUAGAAAUAAAGAAAAUUUUGGACCAAAAAGCCAAAAGAUCCUAAAAGAGUGCAGAUGUUUGUGGUCAAGGAUAACUGUGAUGAAGCUGUUGUAUGAGCAUGUCUGUUUACCAAAUGAAGACUUCGCUAAAAUCGUCUCCCCUAAAUGCAGAGCCCUGUGGAUGGCACUGAAGACAACCACUGACUUCAAAACAGAUACAUCUGUUCAUAUUUUAGUGAAUACUCUGAAUGUGGUCAACAGGAAGGCUGGUGAAACAUACUAUAAGAGUGGAAUUCAUAAAUGUAAAAUGUGUGAGCAAUCCAUUGAAGAUCCUGUCCUCCUGCCAUGUAAGCCUGAACAUGUAGUUUGCAAGGAGUGCAUCGAAGAAUACUUUCAAACAAAACAAACCAAGAAAUGUCCAAUAUGUAAAUUUGAUUUUUCUCAAGAUUUCAAGUGUGAAGUACAGUCUGAAGUCAGUGAGGUAGUUGACAAGCACAAUGCUUUCCGUCAGUGCUGUAACUCCUUCUUCAUGGAAGUUGUCUCCCAACUCUGCUUUUCUGAUGGAACGCCACCAAGUGAAGAGGUUAUCAAGAGAUUGCUUGGAUAUGUUACAUUGGAAUCUAAGAAGAAAAAUAAACUGGUCACGAAGAAGGUUUCUCCUUUUCCGGAGGAUUGCAUCGAUCCAAAUCCUGUCGUCAGAUCAUUUUUACUCCAGCUGUUGCUUCAGUCAAAUCUGGAAACUGUGAAAGAACAUGUACAAGAGUAUCUGAAAAAGUCCAGAAGCAUGCUUGAAGGAUAUGCUGAAGAUGUUGUCAGUCUUUGUACGUUGUUUGUCAACUGUCUGGAGGACACAUACUACUCAAGAUGCCCUCAAGACCCCAAACAGAUCCAUAUGCUCAUUGAUGAUGCUCAUGGGAAACUAAAAAAUGCUGGACACUUUUUUAGUAGACAAAACUUCACUAAAGAUCCUUUAAGUGUUGAGAUACUUGAAGCAAUAUCGCAGAUUCGUUUUGCAUUUUCAACUCUAGCUGACAUCAUGCAAUGCCAACAACAAGAUGAUGAACGCUACAGCACACUCAACAUCAAGCGUCUUGUUAAUAUGCUGUCAAGGGAAGCUAAAGUAGUCUGUCAGCAGAAUAAACAAGCUCAGUUGUAUCUUGUGAAGUACAUCUGCAGGGCCUAUGGCAGAGAUGCUCUAGCAUGUCUGAAGGAUGACAGACAGUUAAACUGGAUCUUGCCAGAUGAGUUGAAUGUUCAGGACCAGUGCAUUCCAGAUAAUUAUGUUAUCAUUGGAGAGAUGUACAUUAACAUUCGAGAAGCUAUUGGACAAUGUAUGGUGGACAAAGAUUUUGAGAAGAUGUUCAAAGCUGUGAAAAAUGUGCAGGGAAAGAAGGAGGACAAGGAGGCAUGCUUGCUUCUUGCUUUAUUCAGAGAGAUCACAAUGAAUGCAGCAACAACUGUAGAGGCCAAAAUCAUUAGUUCAGAGGUGAAAAUAAAGUUUGGAGAAGUCAUCCAAAAAAUUCCAUUCCUGAAAAAUAAGGCUGUUGCGGAUACUUUGGUUCAAAACAGAGGACAAAAUCACCACCAUGUUCUUAGGGUCAAUCCAGAAAUGCACCUUCUAGACUACAGCAUCCAGGCGGCUGUGACCCAUCUUCAAAUUGUUCUUAAUGUAGUUAAACAGAAGCCAUUGACACAGUGUCUUGCAAAAUUGAUGAGAAUACCUUCUGAAAUGCAGCAAGCUUAUUUACCAGCAAUGCCACAAGAUGACAGCAUGGAAGCCAAAGCAGUGCUUCGUCGAGCGACAACAGAUCAUAAAUUAACUUGGUACAAAUGUCCACGUGGUCAUCUCUAUACCAUAGGAAAUGCAAUAAUCAACAUAAUUAAGCCUGCUCCAGAUAAUGUGCUUGAAUUCCUAUGGAAACAUUUGCAUAAUGAUGUAAGAUUGUUGUCUGCCUCUACAGGCAAGAGCAAGGAUGACUGCAUUUUCAUUCUUCACAAAGUUAUUGACAAUAUUUUGCACAAGAACAUUCAAUCAAAUUUUCAGUCUGGCUUUCAGCAACUGUUGUCAUCAAAGAAAUGUCGUAAAAAAUGGGAAGAGAAUUUUUUAGCAGUGUAUAUUAAACCAGCCCUUCAGGGACUUGAUGAAAUGAUCGACCAAUCAAACCAGACUCUGGUUUCUGACAAACGUCUCAGCCAUGACCCUGUGAUGCGAUUAUUGCACACUGCAAAUCCUGUUGAACCAGACGACCUUGGUAAACUGGUGGAGACUUCACACGUAUGGCAGUACCGUAGCCGUAUCACCAUUCAAUGUAUUCAUCAAGCUUUAGCAAGUGAAGAAGAUGGUGCUUCUUUGCCAGUCCUUAGACUAUUUAUGGAAAAGGAGAAGCAUCUGAGAUUUGUACAACAUUUGCCAGACAUUAUCCGACUUCAGCGUCUCCUAAUCAAUAAAUACAACAGGCACAUUGACUUGGCUGAAGCUACCAACUUGAAAAUUUCUACAUUUUUGGGUCAAGUACAUUAUGCAACCGAGAGGGAGGAGUUUAAGAGUUUGAUUGACACAUUUAUUGACGUGUGGAAUUCUGUCAGACUGGAUGUUGCAUUAACAGUGGAGUUGCAAAUCCCAAAAGAGGUCAUGUCGUAUGAGAGUAACAUAGCGAUGUUGCUACCAACCAAGCGAGAUUUCGGUCUGUGUGCCACUGGUCUGGUUGACUUCCUCAUCGUUACACAAAAUGAAUUUCUUGAGAGAUAUCAUAGUAUCAAAAAGUUGCAGAUGAGUCAAGCAAGCGUUUCUCCAUCCGACCUCCUGCCGUCACACCUGAUUGCGUAUGACCUGGACCGUGACCUCCUUCCAUUGAUUCUAUCCCAGUGUCAAUACAUUGUAAGACCAAUGGUGGGAAAUAAAAUUGAAUACAACCUGCAAGGUUUAGAGCUGCAACUCAUUGAGAGGUUUAUCAGGGGACGUGCGCUCAUUGAUUGUAAAUUUGAUCAGUUAUUUUUCCGACAGUUUGUCAGAAAUGCAUCCAUCUUUAAAAUUCUGCGAGAUAAAAUACCUCAGGUUAAGUUGACCUCAGCUGUGAGGUGUAGCAUUGUAACAGAGCUUAAAUCUUUCCAAAAUCUCUGCAAAUCUUUAGCAUCACUCGAUAUUGCCAUUGGAUUCUUGGCAAACUACAAAGCAGAGGGAGACAUGCUGAUAAAAAACUAUUUGCAAGAUAAACUUGCCAUGCCUGUCGACAAGGGACUUAUAAGCUCUACAGCAUCUCAACAGUGUCGUCUGAAACAUAUUUUAGCACUCUGGCAAGUUCUUGCUGUAGACAAAGCUCUUCGACUUACCAUUGAUGCUCAGGAUCCAUUUGAUGACAUUGGUGAAGACUACCAAGAAAAUUUAAAUGGCCAACAAAGAAAAUAUCUCACUGAUCAACUAAAACACAUCAAAGUAGAUCUGCUAUGCGCCGAGCUUUUUGAAUAUAUUGUUCUGAAUUUAAGUCACCAGUCCACAAACACAGAAGACAGGACAAAUUGGCCGUUAAGUUCAGUAGUUAGAAUACAACAGCAUCUUAGUAUGAAUGUCUUACUGAAGUCUGUGUAA